AUCGACAUCAUCAUCUGCCAUUUCACCCCACCUCUACCACCCUCAAUGCUGCCGAUCCGAAAUCCUUCAAAAACAAUCUUUGUCGCGCAUGCAGCUGCAGCAUUUUGCAUCGAGAGAAACAGAGGCUAUCGCCGGUUUCCUGUACCUUGUUGCUUUCUCCCUGCACGGCACACCUCCCGCGGUCGCCGGAUGACGUAGUUGGCAUCCCGCCAUCUGACAUGCCUCCCGGUGCCGGCUCUUCCAUUGUGCGCCGUCUUUCCGACUACACACUCCGUUGAAUGGCACCUACACACGGCACCGUGUAACCCAAUCUUUGUCCUUGCUGCCAUGAAAUCUGGUUGGAUGAUGAACGGCUCGGAUGCCCCUCCCCUGACUACUUAUGUCAUAGGUGAACACAAGUCCGAGACCUGAGUAUCUUGGGGACAAUAUGGUGGGAGAUAUAUGAUGGUUUGCCCUCUUGGGUCUUGGAUAUCGUUUUUGAUCAACUGUUGCUAUCAUCCACCCUCACAAUGGCUGUCGACACUGACAAGGCCCACAACCGCUCCAACUCAACCACCUCCAAAGCCUCGUACGCUCACCAUGACGAUACAGGCACCCCUUCAUCCCACCAUGGCUCACCAGAGUCUCUCAAGCACCAACGCCUGGAAGCCUCCAGGAAGCUCGCAAACCCCCUCGCUGGUUUGAGCCAUGAACGACUUUACCAGAUGGGCGAGGAGUAUGCCGUUAACGCCGGGCUGACCAGCGAUGAGGACCUCCGCGCUUUCCGUCUCGGUGCAGUUAUCGCUAGCAACCAGACUGACUACAGCUCCAUCUCGGAGCUUACCGAUCGCGAGAGGGAAGUUCUGGAGCGUGAGACAACCCACAAGUGGUCCAACCCCCGGAUGCUUUACUGGGUCAUUGCCAUCUGCUCUCUCUGUGCUGCUGUCCAGGGCAUGGAUGAGACAGUUGUCAAUGGCGCCCAGAUCUUUUACAAGGAAGCCUUUGGAAUCGCUGAGGACACCUGGUUGAUUGGUCUCACCAAUGGCGCUCCGUAUUUGUGCUGUGCCAUUGUUGGUUGCUGGGUGACUGAGCCUAUGAAUAAGAGGUUCGGGAGAAGAGGCACCAUUUUCAUCUCUUGUGCUAUUUCGGCGUUGGCAUGCUUCUGGCAGGCGUUUGCGAACACCUGGUAUCAUAUGUUUAUCGCACGGUUUUUCUUGGGAUUUGGUAUUGGACCCAAGAGCGCAACUACACCGAUUUUCGCCGCAGAGUGCUCUCCGCCAAGACUGAGAGGAGCCCUGGUCAUGCAAUGGCAAAUGUGGACGGCCUUCGGUAUUAUGAUCGGUUACGUUGCCGACUUGGCCUUCUACCCUGUUCCUGACCGCGGCAUCCCUCUGGGUCUCAACUGGCGGUUGAUGAUGGGUUCCGCCCUCAUUCCAGCCGUCGUUGUCUGUUGUCUCGCCUACGUCUGCCCCGAGUCACCCAGAUGGUAUCUCACCAAGAACCGCCACAAGGAUGCGUUUGCUUCGGUCUGUCAACUUCGCCAUGAGAAAGUCCAGGCGGCAAGGGAUCUGUUUUACACGCACAUCCUGCUCAAGGCGGAAGAGCAGACCACGGCCAACAUUGGAACACGCAACCGCAUCAAGGAGGUCUUUACCAUCCGACGCAACAGAAAUGCCAUGAUUGCUUCUGAGAUUGUCAUGUUUAUGCAGCAAUUCUGCGGUGUCAAUGUCAUUGCCUACUUUUCCAGUGAAAUUUUCAGGGAGGCUGGGUAUUCUGAGGUCGAGGCUCUGGCAGCAAGCUUGGGAUUCGGAGUCAUCAACUUCCUGUUUGCUAUACCAGCCUUUUACACCAUCGACACGUACGGCCGGCGCAAUUUACUGCUCACCACCUUCCCGCUGAUGGCACUAUUCAUGUUCUUCACUGGUUUCAGCUUCUGGAUACCAGAAGACAGUCCAGCACACAUCGGGUGUAUCGCCUUGGGAAUCUACCUCUUCGGCAUCGUCUACAGCCCCGGCGAGGGCCCGGUGCCAUUUACCUAUUCAGCAGAAGCAUACCCGCUGUAUAUCCGCGCCAUAGGGAUGAGCUUCGCGACGGCAACGACGUGGUUCUUCAAUUUUGUUCUGGCGCUUACGUGGCCGAGUUUACUGGAGGCGUUCAGGCCGCAGGGCGCUUUUAGCUGGUAUGGGGGGUGGAAUAUUGUUGGUUUUUUCUUGGUGUUGUUUUUGGUGCCUGAGACGAAGGAGAAGACGUUAGAGGAGCUGGAUAGGGUUUUUGAUGUGGAUUUGAGGAGGAUGAUGGCUUUUGGGGCGAGGCAGGCGGGGUGGUUUUGGGGGAGGUACGUGAUGAGGCGGAAGGGGGGGAGAAAGCCAGUUCAUCCGGGGGAGGAGGGGUUGGAUGGGGAUAGUGGGGAGGAGGGAGAGUUUUUGGGGGAGAAGAAGGGGGUUGUUGGGGGGAUGGAUGGGGCGGAGAGGGUUUGA